ACUAGUGCUAGUAUUGAAGCCAAAGCCACAACACAACCGAGGUUAAGUAAACCUCUCGAGCACAUCUUUUUUAUAGCAUGACUAUAGAGGGCGCUAUACAAAUUCUACUUUCCAUGCAUGGACAUGUGUGUACAAAUGGAUCUGCUUUGACAUCUGUCGUUAUCAUAGUAUAGAACUCAGCAUGACUUCAUGUGCAUCUGUGUUGGCGAGAGCGACCUGCAAGUAUUGUACACAAACAGCAGUGAGCGUAUCCAGAAUUCCCUGGAUGGUAACCAGGUAUCUGAGUACCAGUCAUUGUGUACAAGCUGGCAGGACCUGGAGAGACAGCCAGGGGCAAUCUCGAUCAGGACGGGACUAUGGUCCACUUAUCGAUCUACCAGAUUGGGCAUACGCAGAUGGUCGUCCAGCCCCAACAGGAUCCGGACAGUACAGGCGACAACAGGAACAACGCCAGAUUGCUGAACGCAUCGACAGACUUGCCUCAGAGAUGAUGGCUGCAGUCCAGAAGGAGAAAGACGCGUUGUUAGCAGAGCAGAGGAAGCAACACCAAAUAGAUCAACACAAGCUGAAGCCGAAGGGUCAUGCACUCAAGAAGAAGAAAUUACGUGCCAAAGAUCCCAUUUAGUUUCUGUCAUGAAGUCAGUUGUACAUGCCCAUUAGUCCACACACUGCCUCAAUCAGUGGCGCAAAUUUUUUAGAAAAAUGUUGGCCCCAUAUUUUGGGAUUGAUGGCGCCACUUACACCCCUAUUAUACUACUAUAAAAAUGGGCUGCAUACGUAUCACCAAGGGCAAAUCGUGGAAAUUAAAAAAA